GUGAUUUUAUAAGUUAAUUAACUAAGUCAUUAUUUUUAGAUAUAUAAAAAGGUGGCACACAGUAUUUACAAGAAUUGACACACCUAAAUCAACUGCUAAUGAGGAAGAACUUUGGAUGGAUAGUUUUAAUAAAUUCAAAAUUUCUACUAAACAGGAAAAUCAAAUAAAUGAGGUUAAGUUUCCCGGUACCUAUCACUCCAAUGUGAUACCUAUUAACAAGUUUCAAGAAUAUGUUAAGUCCUCUCUAAAAAAUGAUGAUCUAGUAAGACAAUACGAGUUACUUUCACAAAGUCCAACGAAACCUUUUCAGUAUGGGUUACACAAAUUUAAUAAACUUAAAAAUCGUUAUGCCAAUAUUGCGGCAUACGACCAUACAAGAGUCAUCCUGGACAAAAUUGAUGGCGAUGCAUAUUCUGAUUAUAUUAACGCCAACUUCAUUGACAGUUAUAAAAUUGACAAAGCCUAUAUAGCAACACAAGGACCUCAAGAAAAUACCCUAAACGAUUUUUGGAGAAUGAUUUGGCAAGAGAAUGUGAAACAUAUUGUAAUGGUAACGAAUUUAGAUGAAGUAAAAAAAGAAAACGGAGAACAAUAUUGGCCGGAAAUAAAUGAGUGUUUGUAUUUUGGUAAUAUUUACGUGAAAUAUGUUUCUGAAAACACAUACACUAACUAUAGAGAAAGGGAAUUUAAAAUUUCCAAAGGCGGAAAUGUUAGAAAGGUAUCGCAUCUACAAUUUACUUCGUGGCCAGAUCAAGGCAAUCUACUUUAUUCAUACAUUUUGUUACCGUUUGUGCGAAAAAUUUUAGAUAUUACAUCCCAUCCAAUAGUUGUACACUGCAGUGCGGAAAUUAAUCGUACUGGUAUGAUAAUUUUGUGCGAUACGGUUUUAAGAAUGGCGAAGAAUGAACAGACAAUAGACAUUUUAAAUACUCUAGAAUAUAUAAAGACAUGUAGAUCAAAUAUGGUGGAAACUUUAGAACAAUACAAAUUAGUUCAUUUAAUAGUACUAGAAUAUUUGUUUGGCAUGGAAACUAACAUACCAUGCAACGAUGAAAUGAAUGUGGUUGUUGCAAAUAUCAUUCAAUCACAGAUUAACAAGCAAAUGAAAUAUUUGAAAUCAAUUGAAUGGCAAGAUCAUGCUAUGAAAUUAAUCAGUGAAAGCCACUACGAGGAUGUCGAAUUUUUGGUAAAAGGCAAUAACAAAUUUCAUGAUAUUCUGAGUGGAAUAUAUCUAUCGGAUAAAGAUGAAUCGAUGUCUAUAAACCCAAUAUAUGUGGAUAGUUUCUAUCACAGAAAUAGAUUUAUUGCUGCACAACAUCCAAUGACGAUUAACUUAAGUGACUUUUGGAGGAUGGUCGUCGAAACAAAUAGCAACCUUAUCAUUUCUCUGAAUGAAAUUAAUUUGCAAGAUCCGACAUUGUGUAAAUUGUGGCCUGAGGAGGGUCAAUCUAUGAAUCCCACAACAUACAUAAAAGUUACACACAAGACAACAGAUGUAUGUGAAAUAUUUCAAAUAAUCAAUUUGGACCUUAUGGCCAAUGGGAAAAAAACCUCUAUUGAUAUUGUUCAAUACAUGAAUUGGAAAAGUGGCCAAUUAUUACCAAACAACUUACACCAUUUUUUGACAUUAAUGCAAGAGCUAAAUUCAUUUCUACCAAAAUCCAUACCAGCAAUCGUCGUUUGCCAAAAUGGCAUAACCGCAUGUGGUCUCUUUCUUGCAAUGUUUAUUGUACUAGAAAAAAUGAAAAUUGAACAUGAAUGUAACAUUUGCGAAGCCAUAAGAAUUAUCAGACGUAAUAGAAAUCAAUUUGUUCAGAACAAGACACAAUUUAUAUUCCUAUACAAUGCAGCGGUGGAUUUCUUAAAACAUUUUGAGUCCUACUCUAAUUUUAAAUAGGAUUUUUUAUUUAAUGAGUUAUUAAUUUGAGCGUAUUAUACACUAAAUGAUAUAUUAUACCAAGUAGUUAAUUUGUUUCCAGGUAAUUACAACCUAAGUAUAUUUAAAUUAAAAUCCAUGUUAAUCGAUUAUUUUAAUGAAUAAACUUGUGACUAUUCAA